AUGUCUUCAGGCCCUACCAAGUUCUUUGUAUCGUCACCCCACGGCUGCGCGGCAAUAUCCGACGGUGAAUCUCCUGUCAAUAUCAGUCCCUCUAGCCAUGGCGCUAUCAUCAGCUCGAAAAAGGAAUCAGGCUCUGGAAAGGUGCACUUCGCGCUCCCGACCCUACCAUCCCCUUCGGAGGACGCGCUCACCGGUCAUGCCACCAUGUCGGUCCAGCUUGAGAUCUCACUUUCCCCGCAUCCACAACCUGAUCCAGACGCCCUUUGCAAAGUCGCCCGGGUAGAGUUGCAUGCAGGACGUGAUCAACUCGGACAGUGGGAUGCUGGAGAGAACGAUAACGAUUGGUUGAUCGAUGACGACAUAAGAAUUCCUGUUUGGAGUGGUAUCACGGGCGCUGGAGAAAUGUUUUCAACGACAACCCCAAAGGUCUCUGUGUGA